AUGUCACACUGUAGCCCGUCUCCUACACCUGUUGACACGAAGCCGAAGCUAAGUGCCGCCAACGAUGCACCAUUUGAUGAUCUGACUAAGUAUCGUCAGCUUGCUGGGGCUUUGCAGUACCUUACAUUCACUAGACCAGAUAUCUCCUAUGCCGUCCAACAGGUGUGUCUCCACAUGCAUGACCCUUGUAAUGAACACAUGGCUGCUCUUAAGCGUAUUCUGCGCUACUUUCAGGGGUCUAUCGAUUUUGGUUUGCAUCUCUACAAGUCUACUGUCAACAACUUAGUCUCCUAUACAGAUGUAGAUUAG